UCGACCGUGUGUAGUGUAGGUCACGUCAUGUCCAGUGUAAAGAGCUGCAGUCGAAGUCAUAUCGGUCAUGGUCAUAUUAUCUACAAUCUAGACUAGUUUGUGUUGUGUCGAAAUCCUACCAUUGUCUUGUCUGUCACACAUAGUGUAUGUCCUUCUACGGUAAGUAAGUGAGUUUGUUUUAGCAAAUAAGUACAAGACACAACAAGAACUAGUAGUAGAAGAGUUAAAAGUGAGCGUGAUUUCUCCCUCCCGGACCCUGAGUCCCUGACACGUGACGUGCACUGCUGACUGACUGAGGAGUUUCUGAACUGAGGCCUGACUGAGAGACGGAUUUGUUGUAAAGUAAGGCAGUGUGUGUUGCAUCUUGUAUUCAGUGCAUCAUUAUCAGUCAGCAUGGGUUGGACUCCAUAUCAAUUCUUUUUAGCCGGUAUGAUGCUUGUGACUGGCUCAAUUAACACACUCAGCACAAAAUGGGCGGAUGUUCAGACAGCAGUUGGAGAUCCCAAGUAUGGCAAUGAACCACACGCAUUCUUUCAUCCGUUUUUUCAGGCUUCCUGUAUGUUUCUUGGAGAGCUAUCCUGUCUUGUGGCGUUCAAGAUGCUUUUCUUCUACCAUAAAUACAGAAAAACAGACAAGGAUUUUGGGCCGCAGAAAUUUAAUCCUUUGAUUUUGUUGCCGCCAGCUAUGUGUGAUAUGUGUGCUACUUCCUUGAUGUAUAUCGGUCUUGCAUUUACAUACGCCUCCAGUUUCCAAAUGCUGCGAGGUGCAGUUGUGAUCUUCACUGGUUUACUCUCGGUAGCCUUUCUCCAUCGUAAGCUGCUUGUUCAUCAUUGGCUUGGGAUGCUGUGUGUUUUACUAGGCUUAAUCCUGGUUGGAUUAGCAGACAUCGAUGAGUUAGAGAGUGGAGACCAUGAUAUUAAUAGUAUCAUCACAGGUGAUUUAUUGAUUAUCAUGGCGCAGAUCAUCACAGCAACUCAGAUGGUCGUGGAGGAAGCAUUACUGAAGAAGCACAAGAUACCAGCUCUGCAGGUCGUUGGCUGGGAAGGUUUCUUUGGGUUCUUCAUCCUGUCUACUCUUCUUGUGCCUUUCUACUUCAUCAAUGCUGGCCAGCUGAGUGAACUUCCUGAUCAUGUCUUGGACAACGCCAUCGAUGCCUUCUAUCAGAUCAAGAACAACACUUUCAUUCUGGUCGGCACAGUUGGCACAAUCGUUUCCAUCGCCUUCUUCAACUUCUCCGGGGUCAGCGUGACAAAAGAGAUGAACGCCACCACGAGGAUGGUGCUGGACAGUCUGCGCACCAUGGUUAUCUGGGCCGUGUCGCUCAUCGUAAGGUGGGAGAACUUCGAGUGGCUGCAGUUGCUCGGCUUCUUCAGCUUGAUUCUGGGCACCUUCAUCUACAACGAUGCUGUAUUCGCCCCGCUGUUACGGAAGUUCAAUAUCUUACCUCCUUUAGCCACAGAGGAAGAUAGCCUGCGGGAACCCCUACUCAGCCCAUCUGAAAAUGAUAUUAAUUACAGUACAAAUGGUUUGAAGGAUCACGAGACGAGUGGAAAAUACCUACCGAUUAAUUAGGCGCGUGGUAGAAGUUUGAUG